AUGGAUUUGGUCGCUAGUUGCAAGGAGAAACUUGCAUAUUUCCGGAUAAAAGAGCUCAAGGAUGUGCUCAGUCAGCUGGGGCUUUCUAAGCAGGGGAAGAAGCAGGACCUUGUCGAGCGGAUCUUGGCCAUUCUUUCCGAUGAGCAAGUGGCCAGGUUGUGGUCUAAAAAGGAUGUCGUGGCAAGAGAAAAAGUUGCAAAGCUAGUGAAUGAUACAUAUAGGAGAAUGCAAGCAUCUGGUGCAAGCGACUUAGCAUCAAAAGGGCAAGUUAGUUCAGAUAUCAGUAAUGCGAGAGUUAAAGAAGAGCCUGAAAACUCCUUUAAACCAAAAAUUAAAGUUCGGUGUAUUUGUGGAAGCUCACUGGAGACGGAGUCAAUGAUACAGUGCGAGGAUCUGAGGUGUCAUGUCUGGGAGCAUGUUGGCUGUGUUAUUAUCCCGGAGAAGCCUAUGGGAGGAAAUUCACCGCUUCCUGAUUCAUUUUACUGUGAAAUAUGCCGACUUACCCGAGCUGACCCAUUUUGGCUCACAGUGGCACAUCCAUUGUUUCCGGUGAGACUGACUACUACAAAUAUCCCAACUGAUGGUACAAACCCGAUACAGAGUGUGGACAGAACAUUUCAAAUAACAAGGACAGACAAAGACUUAUUGGUGAAACAGGAGUACGAUGUUCAGGCUUGGUGUAUGCUAUUGAAUGACAAAGUUCUGUUUAGGAUGCAGUGGCCUCAAUAUGCUGAGCUGCAGGUCAAUGGUGUACCUGUUCGUGCUAUUAACCGACCUGGGUCACAACUUCUUGGGGCCAAUGGCCGUGAUGAUGGACCUGUUAUUACACCUUGUAUUAGAGAUGGAAUUAACAAGAUAUCCUUGAGUGGAUGUGACUCUCGCAGUUUUUGUUUGGGUGUAAGACUUGUGAAGCGAAAGACUCUGCAACAGGUGUUAAAUAUGAUUCCAGAGGAGGCUAAAGGCGAGCCUUUUGAUGAUGCUCUUGCGCGUGUACGUCGAUGCAUUGGAGGUGGAGCUGGAAAUGAUAAUGCCGACAGUGACAGUGACAUCGAGGUCGUUGCUGAUUUCUUUGGAGUUAAUCUCCGGUGUCCUAUGAGCGGCUCUAGGAUGAAAGUUGCUGGGAGAUUUAAACCAUGUGUGCACAUGGGGUGUUUUGACCUUGAGGUGUUCGUGGAGCUGAAUCAACGUUCUAGAAAGGCAGGUAUUUGGCAGUGUCCUAUUUGUCUGAAGAACUACUCUCUUGAACAUAUGAUUGUGGAUCCUUAUUUUAACCGGAUCACAUCAAAGAUGAGACAUUGUGAUGAGGAGUUUACUGAAAUUGAAAUCAAACCUGAUGGUUCUUGGCGUGGGAAGUUCAAAAGUGAGAGUGAGCGCAGGGAAUUAGGGCAACUCUCACAAUGGCACGAACCUGACGGUAGUCUCUACCCCACGGUUAACGAGAUUAAACCGAAGAUGGAAAUGCUAACACCGGUUAAACAAGAAGGUUGCGCAGAUGGCCCAACCCCUCUGAGACUUGGAAUAAGGAAGAAUCGCAAUGGCGUUUGGGAAGUUAGCAAGCCUAGUAAUGGUGGUUUAUCCUCCAGUAACAGGGAAGAGAAGCAAAAUAUUAUACCAAUGAGCAGUAGUGCCACUGGAAGUGGUAGGGAUGGUGAUGACCCUAGCGUAAACCAGGACGCUGUUGGAGCCUUUGAUUUUGGAAACAACGGGAUGGAACUUGAUUCUCUAUCCAUGGAUGUAGAUUCAGGCUAUAACUCUAAUAAGAAUCAUCAACAAGAAGCAGCACCUAGUAAUAAUGAUGUCAUCGUUCUAAGUGAUUCUGAUGAAGAGAAUGACGUUGUAAUCACUGGAGGACCUGUCUACAAUGAGAAUCAAGCCGAUGGCAGUGGGGUGAAUUUUUCGUUGCACUCAUAUAAUGAAGACCCUCACACUGUGGUUGGGGGAAACUCAGGGUUAGGUCUUUUCACCAACGAUGAAGAUGAUUACGAUAUGCGUCUUUGGCAGUUGUCUUCAGAAACUCAAGGUGGUCCAGGGUUUCAACUGUUUGCAUCUGAUGCUGAUGUCUCAGAGGGUUUAGUUGGUUUGCAGCCUGGUCCACUGAACUGUGACCCUGUUUCAGAUACAUCAAUGCCAUCUAUUCCAAUGGUUCCAGAGUCUGUUGGACGAUCCGAAGCAGAUGCAAACGGUGGAUUAGUCGACAAUCCUCUGGCGUUUAGUAGAGACGAUCCCUCGCUUCAGAUAUUUCUGCCCACAAGACCAGAGACUUCAGCUCAGUCUGAUUUCAGAAAUCAGGCUGAGGUGUCAAAUGGGAUCCACAGUGAUGAUUGGAUCUCUCUUAGGCUUGGUGAUCAUGGUGAGACGAUAGGUGCAAACGGAGUUAACCAAAACAACCAAGGAUCAGCGAGAGAAGAUGAUUUGGAUACUUUGUCAGAGACUGCGUCGUUGCUUAUGGGGAUGAAUGACAAUAGACAAGAGAAGGCAAGUAGACAAAGAUCAGAGAGUCCGUUUUUAAUUCCUCGCCAGAAGCGUUCA